AUGGCUCUGCAAGAAGAACCCCAAGAGCUACAGAACCCUCCAAUGGCUUUUGACGCUUUGUUUUGUGAAGAAGGUCUUGAGGAAGAUUUGGGAGACAAUGGUAUUGAGGAAGAGAGUGAGGGUUGUGUUGGUAAUAUGGAAAAGCAGUCAACUUUCCCUCUGGUUUUGCUAGAAAAUGACUUUUUUUGGGAAGAUGAUGAACUUGCCUCUCUAAUCUCCAAAGAGGAACAAACCCAUGUGUGUUUCAGUGGUUCAAUCUCAGAUGGGCCUUUAAUGGCGGCUAGGACAGAGGCAGUGGAGUGGAUUUUGAGUGUUAAGGCACACUAUGGGUUCUCUUCUUUGACCACUGUUUUAGCUGUGAACUACUUUGAUAGGUUCAUUGCCAGCCUACGGUUUCAGAGGGACAAGCCUUGGAUGAGUCAGCUCGCUGCCGUCGCUUGUGUGUCUUUGGCUGCCAAAGUGGAAGAGAUCCAUGUGCCCCUUCUCUUAGAUUUGCAAGUGGAGUCGUCAAAGUACGUAUUUGAAGCAAAGACCAUUCAAAGAAUGGAGCUUUUGGUGCUGUCAACUCUUGGGUGGAGGAUGAAUCCAGUAACUCCAAAUUCAUUCUUUGAUCAUAUUAUCAGGAGGUUUGGUUUGAAGAUCCACUUACAUUGGGAGUUUCUGUGGAGAUGUGAGCGCCUCCUUCUAUCUGUCAUUGCUGAUUCCAGAUAUAUGUGCUUCAUGCCUUCCAUAUUAGCUACUGCAACAAUGCUUCAUGUUAUUGAUGAGAUUGAGGCAUUUAAUCCUGUAGAAUACCAGAGUCAGCUUAUGAAUGUACUUCAAGUCAGCAAGGACAGAGUCAAUGAGUGCUACAAGCUCAUCCUGGAACUAUCAGGCAGCUAUGGCAACAUCCACAACCAGAGCCACAAACGAAAGCAUUUAUCAGUACCCGGCAGCCCUAAUGGAGUUAUUGAUGCAUCUUUCAGCUGUGAUACAUCAAAUGAUUCGUGGGCUGCAGCAUCACCGGUCUCAUCCUCACCAGAUCCUCGAUUUAAAAGGAGCAAACUGCAGGACCAGCAGAUGCGGUUGCCUUCUCUAAAUCGUGUGUCUGUGGAUGUGCUUAGCAGUCCUCAUUAA